AUGGGUAAUGUAUCACCACGUCAAUCAAAAUCUUGUCAUGAUGAACUUAAUAAUCAUCAUUCAUUAUCAUCAUCAUCAUCAUCAACAACAACAACAGCAACAACAACAACCACAACACCCAAUCGUUCAUCAUGGAAAAAACAAUUACAAAUAAUAAAUGAUACAUUAAAUAUAAAAAAAUUUUCUUUACGUCAUUCACAUCGAAGAAAUAGACGUUAUAGAACAACUAUUGAUGAAAAUAAUCAUCAUAAAUUAUCAACAUCAUUAACAACACAAAAUUUUCGUGAUUUAAUGAAAAAAAAUUGUGAAAAAUCAAAUAAAGAAAACCAUAUUUCAAAAAAAUUACAACAAGAAUUUAAUCAUGAACGACAGAUGAAUUUUAAAAAAUCAUUUAGUCUUUUUUCCAUUAAACAACCAUUGAAUGAUUCAACUAAUAAACAAAUUAUGACAAAAUCAAUUAAUAAUACAACAAAUACUAUUCAAGAUAAGCAAGAAGACCAACAACAAUCAUUAUUGAACAGUAGAACAAAAAAUUCAAAUAAUAUAAUUUCUCAAAAACAACAAGAAUCAUUAACAAUUCAAGAAAACCAAACAACAGAUACUCUGAAUCAACAUAAACAGCAAUAUCCAUAUGACAUUAGAACAGUUUCAAAUACGGUAGUAAAUAAACGUUAUUCAGCAUUUGUUCCACUCUCAUAUCAUUUACCAAAAUCUCAAUCACAAUAUUAUAAUCAAAGUCAUCGAACUCAAUUGUCUUCCUAUACAAAAAUAAAUAAUAAUUUAUCAUCAAGUACAAAAAAUGUUCGUAUAAUAGAAAAACAUACAACUCAUAAAACAAUAAUUCAAGCAUCAACAAAUGAAUUAUUAAGAUGUUUAGGUGAAUAUUUAUGUUCAUGUUGUUCGCAUUUAUUACCAAUACUUGAUCCAACAGAUUGUAUUUUAUGGAUAAAAAGUGCUGAUCGUCAAUUGAUAUUACAAGGUUGGCAAGAACAAGUAUUUGUUAAUCCUGCUAAUAUUGUUUUUGUUUAUUUACUUGUACGUGAAACAUUAACAUAUAUUGUACCAUCAACAACAAUUAAAAGUGUUACUGAAUUACAUGCUAUUGUUUUAACAUGUCUUUAUUUAGCAUUCAGUUAUAUGGGAAAUGAAAUAACAUAUCCAUUAAAACCUUUUGUCACUGAUGAUGAAACACGUGAAGCUUUUUGGCAACGUAUUGUUUUAUUAAUGGGACAAUUAAGUUCAAAAAUGUUAGCAAUUAAUCAAAAUCCGAAAUUUUUUACUGAAUGUUUUUCAGAAUUAAAAACUUAUGAUCUAGUCCGCUAG